UCGUUUGACAGCGUCAACUAUUUGAUUGGUUUAUAAUUCAGGGAGCAGGACCUACGGGAAGAAACAAUAAUUAAACCGCACAUCAGUCGCUCGUAUUUACAGCUUUUCCUGAUUAUGACAGCAAGCGCGCGCUUUUAUGAUCUCGCGAGAAGUGAGCUGUACAUUUCCGGCACACACAGCUGCACGCUGUUAGUGGUGUUUGUCUGCAGUCCAAAACAUGAAGAUUGUCACUUGGAACAUAAAUGGCAUAAGAACCUUUAAAAACGGGAUAAAGUCUGCGCUUGACUCGUUCGACGCUGAUAUAAUAUGCGUUCAGGAAACCAAAGUGACGCGCGAUCUGCUGGACGAAAGGACAGCAAUUGUGGAUGGAUACAACUCUUAUUUCAGCUUUAGCCGAGGACGCACUGGCUACUCGGGGGUCGCGACGUUUUGUAAAGACUCCGCUACCCCAUUCGCCGCAGAAGAAGGACUGACAGGUCGCCUUGUCAACCAUGGAGAGGCUGUCGGUUGCUAUGGUGAUCAGGGGGACUUCUCCAUAGAGGAGCUCCAGUCACUUGAUAAUGAAGGACGAGCCGUAAUCACCCAACACAAGUUCAAGCAUUCGCUGGAAGCAGAAGGAUCUGAGACCCUGACUGUCAUCAAUGUGUAUUGCCCACGUGCAGAUCCAGAAAAGCCAGAGAGAAAGCUUUUUAAACUGCAGUUUUACAAACUCUUACAAAGCAGAGCUGAGGCAAUUGUGGGACCUCGAAGUCAUGUGAUCAUAUUGGGUGAUAUAAACACCUCUCACCAGCCAAUAGACCACUGUGACCCAGAUGAUGUGGAGAACUUUGAGGACAAUCCAGGCAGAAAGUGGUUGGACAGCUUCCUGUUUGAGCCGGCAGAAAACGGGAAUGAUGAGGAGGAAGGUUCUGAGCCCUCUCUGAAUUGUGUGUCUGGUGGUAAAUUUAUUGACACCUUCCGCUAUUUCCAUCCUACACGUAGCAAUGCCUUCACAUGCUGGUCUACACGUACGGGUGCGAGGCAAACCAACUAUGGCACCCGCAUCGACUAUAUUUUUGCCAAUCGUUUACUAGUUGAGACAAACUUACUGAAUGCAGAUAUCAUGCCAGAAGUGGAGGGUUCUGAUCACUGUCCCAUAUGGGCUAAACUAAGUUGUACUUUUGUACCCAGUCCUAGAUGCCCAGCUCUGUGCACCUGUUAUAUGCCUGAGUUCAUGGGGAAGCAGCAGAAACUCUUGCGCUUUCUUGUUAAGGUUUCUGGACAACACACAGAUGGCAGAGACAUUGAAAAACCUUUGCCUGGAUCUCAAGAGGUUGGGGAGAUUUGUGAGAACCUCAAUCCUCUAGCAGCAGGUGUCAGUUCUGGGAGCAAGAGACCUUCAGAUGGAUUACCAGAGUCAUCUACAUUCAAGGGGAAAAAAAGCAAACAAGCUAAAAAGGCAACUAAACCUCAAGGCAAUCUCCUGACCUUCUUUAAACCUAAACUGACCCCUGUGGUAUCUUCAAGCCAGAGCUUAAGCUCAGGUGAGAACACCGAGACAGGUUUCAAGAGUGAGGAAGUCAUGCCUGAGAUCCACGAAGGUACAGAAAAUGUCAACAGCUGCAUAGCAACCCACAGUAUGCUUACAGAGGGCCACACUGAGGUGAAAGUGAAGGGUGAAACAAAUAACUUCAGCAUCUCAAAGACUAAGGAAGACGAAGAGCGUUGUCAGGAUCAGCUCCAAAGCAGCACCAUGCUCAACCAGGAGACCAAGAAAGGAUCCUGUCCAGACUUUUGGAAAUCAGUUUUGCAUGGACCACCCCAGCCGCCACGGUGUAACGCGCACGACGAAUUGUGCGUGCUGCGGACUGUGAAGAAACCUGGACCAAAUUUGGGCCGUCAGUUUUUUGUAUGUGCUCGUCCUCAGGGCCACUCGUCCAACCCACAGGCAAGGUGUAAUUUCUUUGCCUGGGUGGACAAACGCAAAUAGAAGCCAACUGAAAUAUCUGUAAAAAGUCUGUUUAUAUAUGGUGCUAGAAGAAUGUUUUCAAUAAAAAAUGUUUUUAUUGUACAAA